CAGUAUUCUGCCUGAUACUCUUUGCCUACCACACGUCUCCUUAUAAACAGGCUCAUCAUUCAUACACCAAGAUGGGCUACCCGGAUACUUUCGAGGGGUUCUGCGUUGCGGGCCCCAAAACGUGGAACCAGUUCAAGAAGCACGAGCUGAAGCCGAAACCAUUCGGCCCCAACGACAUUGAUGUGCAGAUCGAAGCUUGUGGUGUAUGCGGUAGUGAUGUCCACACAAUCACCGGCGGUUGGGGUGACUACGAGGGUCCUCUCUGCGUCGGCCAUGAAGUCGUUGGAAAGGCCGUAAAGGUCGGAAAAGACGUUAAGGAGAUCAAAGAGGGUGACAGGGUAGGCGUGGGAGCACAGGUCUGGAGUUGUCUGAAAUGCGCUCAGUGCAAGAGCGCAAACGAGAACUACUGCCCCCACCUCGUCGAUACCUAUAAUUCUCAAUAUGAGGAUGGAAGUUGGGCUCAUGGUGGCUACGCCAACUAUAUAAGAGCACACGAGUACUUCACCUUCAAAAUUCCCGACGCUCUGGCCACUGCCGACGUUGCGCCACUCCUCUGUGCCGGCAUCACUACAUACUCACCCUUGGUACGAGCUGGAGUUGGGCCCGGUAAGAAGGUCGCCAUUUGUGGCAUCGGAGGCCUGGGGCAUCUGGGUAUUCAGUGGGCUGUUGCUCUCGGCGCGGAAGUCUAUGCGUUCACGCAUUCGCCCCACAAAGCUGAGGAUAUCAAGAAGCUGGGCGCCAAGGAGGCCAUCGUCACAAACGAGAAGGACUGGGCCGAGCAGUGGGGCUUCACGUUCGACUUUAUCCUCAACUGCAGCGACAUGACGCACAAGUUCGACCUCAAGACGUACAUGUCCACGUUGAAAGUUGGAGGCGAGUUUCACAUGGUUGGGUUGCCUGAUGAGCCAUUGCCCGAGAUGAUGGCCCAAGCCUUUGCGGGCAAUGCAGCCAAGUUGACCGGAAGUCAUUUGGGCAAUAACCAGGAGAUGAAUGCCAUGUUGAAGCUUGCUGCUGAGAAGGGUAUCAAAGCUUGGGUGGAAACCAUUGACAUUUCCGAAGAUGGGUGCAGGGAGGCUGUUGAGCGUGUCAAGGAGAAUAAAGUGCACUAUCGCUUCACUCUGACCGGCUUUGAUAAGGCCUUUGGUACAAAAAAUUAAAUGGCCAGGCUUAUGUCAGAGCUGGCCCAGCACUCACUAACCAAGUUCAGAAGAAAUUAGUCCCUGGUGCAUAUAUGUUGCAAAAUAGAAGACACCAAUAUUUC